GCCCGGCCGCUGUGCUCCGCUCCGCUGCGCUCCCCCGGCCCGGCUCGGCCCGGCUGCACCCGCCGCAGCCAUGGGGUACGGCCGCUCCGACAGCUACCGCGUGGCCACCACGCAGGACAAGGGGGGCGAGAAGGAGUCGCCCAAGAAGGGCAAGAGCAAGACCCGGGACCUCGAUGACCUCAAGAAGGAGGUGGCUAUGACAGAGCACAAGAUGUCCAUUGAGGAGGUCUGUCGGAAAUACAACACGGACUGCGUGCAGGGCCUGACCCACAGCAAGGCGCAGGAGAUCCUGGCGCGGGACGGCCCCAACGCCCUCACCCCGCCGCCCACCACCCCCGAGUGGGUCAAGUUCUGCCGCCAGCUCUUCGGGGGCUUCUCCAUCCUGCUCUGGAUCGGGGCCAUCCUCUGCUUCCUCGCCUACGGCAUCCAGGCCGGCACCGAGGAUGAGCCCUCCAACGACAACCUGUACCUGGGCAUCGUCCUCGCAGCCGUUGUCAUCAUCACCGGAUGCUUUUCCUACUACCAGGAGGCCAAGAGCUCAAAGAUCAUGGAGUCCUUCAAGAACAUGGUGCCCCAGCAAGCCCUGGUGAUCCGGGAAGGGGAGAAGAUGCAGCUCAACGCGGAGGAAGUCGUCGUCGGGGACUUGGUGGAGGUCAAGGGAGGGGACCGAGUCCCGGCCGACCUGCGCAUCAUCUCGGCCCACGGCUGCAAGGUUGAUAACUCGUCGCUGACUGGUGAGUCAGAGCCCCAGACCCGCUCACCCGACUGCACCCACGACAACCCGCUGGAGACCCGCAACAUCACCUUCUUCUCUACCAACUGCGUCGAGGGUACGGCGCGGGGGGUGGUGAUCGCCACGGGGGACCGGACGGUGAUGGGGCGCAUCGCCACGCUGGCCUCGGGGCUGGAGGUGGGCAAGACGCCCAUCGCGGUGGAGAUCGAGCACUUCAUCCAGCUCAUCACCGGCGUCGCCGUCUUCCUCGGCAUCUCCUUCUUCAUCCUCUCCCUCAUCCUCGGCUACACCUGGCUCGAGGCCGUCAUCUUCCUCAUUGGCAUCAUCGUGGCCAACGUGCCUGAGGGGCUGCUGGCCACCGUCACUGUGUGCCUGACGCUGACGGCCAAGCGCAUGGCGCGCAAGAACUGCCUGGUGAAGAACCUGGAGGCGGUGGAGACGCUGGGCUCCACCUCCACCAUCUGCUCCGACAAGACGGGCACCCUCACGCAGAACCGCAUGACCGUGGCCCACAUGUGGUUCGACAACCAGAUCCACGAGGCCGACACCACCGAGGACCAGUCCGGAACCGCCUUCGACAAGAGCUCGGCCACGUGGGUGGCCCUGUCCCACAUCGCGGGGCUCUGCAACCGGGCCGUCUUCAAGGGGGGGCAGGAGAACGUGCCCAUCCUCAAGCGCGACGUGGCCGGGGACGCCUCGGAGUCGGCCCUGCUCAAGUGCAUCGAGCUCUCGUCCGGCUCCGUCAAGGUCAUGAGGGAGAGGAACAAGAAAGUGGCCGAGAUCCCCUUCAACUCCACCAACAAGUACCAGCUCUCCAUCCAUGAGACCGAGGACCCCAACGACAACCGGUACCUGCUGGUGAUGAAGGGGGCCCCGGAGCGGAUCCUGGACCGCUGCUCCACCAUCCUGCUGCAGGGCAAGGAGCAGCCCCUGGACGAGGAGAUGAAGGAGGCUUUCCAGAACGCCUACCUGGAGCUGGGCGGGCUGGGAGAACGCGUCCUGGGUUUCUGCCACUUCUACCUGCCCGAGGAGCAGUACCCCAAGGGCUUCGCCUUCGACUGCGACGACGUGAACUUCGCCACCGACAACCUCUGCUUCGUGGGGCUCAUGUCCAUGAUCGACCCCCCCAGGGCCGCUGUGCCUGACGCCGUGGGCAAGUGCCGCAGUGCUGGCAUCAAGGUGAUCAUGGUGACUGGUGACCACCCCAUCACGGCCAAGGCCAUUGCCAAGGGUGUAGGCAUCAUCUCAGAGGGCAACGAGACAGUGGAGGACAUUGCCGCCCGCCUCAACAUCCCCGUCAGCCAGGUCAACCCCAGGGACGCCAAGGCCUGCGUGAUCCACGGCACCGACCUCAAGGACAUGUCAUCGGAGCAGAUCGACGAGAUCCUGCAGAACCACACCGAGAUCGUCUUCGCCCGCACGUCCCCCCAGCAGAAGCUCAUCAUUGUCGAGGGCUGCCAGCGCCAGGGCGCCAUCGUGGCGGUGACAGGUGACGGUGUCAACGACUCCCCAGCGCUGAAGAAGGCCGACAUCGGGGUGGCCAUGGGCAUCGCUGGCUCCGACGUCUCCAAGCAGGCAGCCGACAUGAUCCUGCUGGAUGACAACUUUGCCUCCAUCGUCACUGGGGUGGAGGAAGGCCGCCUCAUCUUUGACAACCUGAAGAAGUCCAUCGCCUACACCCUGACCAGCAACAUCCCGGAGAUCACCCCCUUCCUCCUCUUCAUCAUGGCCAACAUCCCGCUGCCCCUGGGCACCAUCACCAUCCUCUGCAUCGACCUGGGCACCGACAUGGUCCCCGCCAUCUCCCUGGCCUACGAGGCGGCCGAGAGCGACAUCAUGAAGCGGCAGCCCAGGAACCCCCGGUCGGACAAGCUGGUCAACGAGCGGCUCAUCAGCAUGGCCUACGGGCAGAUCGGGAUGAUCCAGGCGCUGGGCGGCUUCUUCUCGUACUUCGUGAUCCUGGCGGAGAACGGCUUCCUGCCCUCCUGCCUGGUGGGCAUCCGCCUCAACUGGGACGACCGCACCGUCAACGACCUCGAGGACUCCUACGGGCAGCAGUGGACCUACGAGCAGCGCAAGGUGGUGGAGUUCACGUGCCACACGGCCUUCUUCGUGAGCAUCGUGGUGGUGCAGUGGGCCGACCUCAUCAUCUGCAAGACCCGCCGCAACUCCGUCUUCCAGCAGGGCAUGAAGAAUAAGAUCCUGAUUUUCGGGCUCUUCGAGGAGACGGCGCUGGCCGCCUUCCUCUCCUACUGCCCCGGCAUGGAUGUGGCGCUGCGCAUGUACCCCCUCAAGCCGAGCUGGUGGUUCUGCGCCUUCCCCUACAGCUUCCUCAUCUUCGUCUACGACGAGAUCCGCAAGCUCAUCCUGCGCCGAAACCCUGGAGGUUGGGUGGAGAAGGAGACAUACUAUUGAGCUCCCCCCCCCAUGGACCCCCCACCCAGCCCCACGACACCAAGCCGGGACCAUCCGCUCGGAGACGUACAGACCGACAACCCCCCCCCUGGAAAAGGGGGGGGCAGCUUGCCCUAUGGCAGGGGCAGGAGCAGCACAGAGGGCCCAGGCGUCCGGGGCCCCUGCGGUCUCCCCCCUCCCCCAGGCGCCUGGACCCCCCCCAGUCUAUGUGUGCAUGGGGGGGGGCAAUUCCUGCCCCUCCACC